CCCACAUACCCGGAGAAGACCCUUCAGAGAUUCAGUUAUCCUCCCAAAACUUCCACAGCCUCUUCAAGACAGUCCACCCCCGGUUUCUGCUGACUCAUUCAGUCUGCGCACAGCAAUGAGAGAACAUCUCAUCCGUCUGCUUGCCAUCCUGGUCAUCACAUCCUCUUUAAAAACAUUAAACUCUGAAGAGGAGCUGUGGGACACACAUUUUGGCUAUCCACCACCCCGACACGGACUCGCCCUACUCAUGUGGUACGUGAAAAAAUGCAUCGACAAUAACAUGGUGGCACUCUGUGACCCGGUGGCAGGAGAAUUUGGAUUUCAUCCGUUCCUUAACACUGGGUCCCUGCUUCCCCCGCUGAAGGACAAACGCACAUAUGCAUACUUCACCAUAGGAAACCUGCACUAUAAGCACGCUAAGGAUCUGCCCUAUGAAGUGAGGAAAUACUAUGAUCCGCAUGAUGAAUUGAGCAACAUGGACAGAGUCGUUGUCAAGCUCAACAUGAACAAAAACAAAAUUGAGGACAUCUACAUAUCAGAGCAUUACAACCCGGACAGAACUUUUCUUAUGGGGGUGCUUCUCAUUGAGGACUUAAGGGGACUCCAGAACUUAACACAAAAGACAACAUAAAAAAAAUGAAUAGAAUGUCUAUUCCAUGACACUUUGUCAUAAGAUUGUCUUAUUCCCUUCCUCUUUUUUAACCUGUUUAGCAUUUUCGGUUUAGUAUUUUCCAGUGAUUUGGUGGACUUAACUUUCACUUCUAAUUUGUUUUUACGUGUUUCCCCAUUGUAAUUCCACUUCUCUGUUUUAUUCACUUCAUCAAUUUCUACCCUAUCGUACUGUGUCUUACACCAUUAGUAAAAGGUUUUUCUU